AUGUUGACUACUACACCAGUGUUGGCGUUACCCGAGCCAGGGAAGCCUUACAUGGUGUAUACAGAUGCUUCAGGCAUUGGUCUUGGUUGUGUGCUGAUGCAGGAGGGCAGAGUGAUAGCAUAUGCUUCGAGACAGUGGCAGGGCAGUGAGCGUAACCGUCCUACACAUGACUUAGAGUUGGGAGCAGUGAUCUUCGCGUUGAAGAUUUGGAGGUCUUACUUGCUAGGUGAGACAGUACAGGUCUUCACGGAUCACAAGAGUUUGCAGCAUAUCUUCACUCAGCCGAUGAUGAACGCGAGACAGACGCGCUGGGAGCCUUUGGGUUUAGAGGCAGUGGAUCAGGCGGAUCUACUUAGCAGGAUCAGAGUUGCUCAGCAGAGUGAUCAGAGUUUGCUGGAUGCGAGAGUGACUGGUUCUGAGUAUGAGGUCUCUGCGAAUGGGACUAUCUUGGUUCGUGGGCGAGUUUGUGUGCCUAAGGAUGUGGAGUUGAGACAUCAGAUUUUGGGAGAGGCUCACGCGAGCAAGUUUUCCAUUCAUCCGGGAGCGACCAAGAUGUACCAUGACCUCAAGAGGUACUAUCAUUGGGUCGGGAUGAAGAGGGAUGUAGCAGACUGGGUUGCGAAGUGCAACACUUGUGCCUUGGUGAAGGCAGAGCAUCAGGUUCCGGGUGGUCUUUUGCAGAGUUUACCCAUUCCAGAGUGGAAGUGGGACAGGAUUACGAUGGAUUUCGUGGUUGGACUACCUGUUUCGAGGACUUUCGAUGCUAUCUGGGUGAUUGUGGAUCGGUUGACUAAGUCCACAUUUCUUGGCCAUCAAGAAGACAGAUGGAGCUGCUGUCUUGGCUAG